AUGGCACCGUACAAAGCACAGUAUGGCAAAAAGUGUUGGACAACACUGUACUGGGACGAGGUUGGUGAGCGAAGAAUUUUGGGGCCCGAAUUGAUACAAGCCACAUGUGAAAAGGUAGAUUUGAUUAGAGACCGAAUCAAGGCUGCGCAGUCAAGGCAGAAAAGCUAUGCUGACUUGAAGAGAAAGGACCAUGAGUUCACUAUAGGUGAUAAGGUGUUCCUUCGAGUAUCACCAACGAAAGGCGUGCUGCGAUUCGGUAAGAAGGGGAAACUGAGCCCUAGGUACAUCGGACCAUAUGAAAUCUUGGCAAGGAUUGGACCAAUGGCAUAUAGGCUGGCACUGCCCCCAUCUUUAGUCAGUGUUCAUGAUGUAUUUCACAUAUUUAUGUUGAGGAAGUACAUUGCAGAUCCGACCCACGUGUUGACCCAAGAAUUACCUGAACUCUCCGAGGACCUGACUUACGUCGAGGAGCCUGUGAAGAUUGUUGAGAGGAAUGAGCAUAAUCUUCGAAAUCCUGUCGUCUCUUAUGUUAAGGUACGAUGGAGAAACCAUUCGGACGAGGAGGCAUCUAGGGAGCGCGAGAGCGAGAUUUGA